AUGAAGUUCUUCUCUCCCAUCCUUCUCGCUUCCCUCGCCUUGGCGACUCCCUUGGUCUGCAGGCAGACAAGCGCCAAACCGUUAGCUCCACCGCCAACGAGUUCAAGCGCUCGGGUUGCAACGACAUCAUCUUUGUCUGGGCCCGUGGCUCUACUGAGAUUGGCAACAUGGGUACCGUGGUCGGCCCCCGUCGCCAACAACCUCAAGUCCCAGUUCCCCGGCAAGGUCCAUGUCCAGGGUGUCGAUUACGCCGCGCUUCUCUCCACCAACUUCCUUCCCGGUGGUGCUGACCUUGAUGGCAUCCGCGAGAUGAAGAGCAUCAUUGGCGACAUCACUAGCAAGUGCCCCAACGCUAUCAUCGUCACCGGUGGCUACUCCCAAGGUGCCGCCCUCAACCACCGUGCCAUUGAGGCUCUCCCCGCCGCUCAGCAGGCCAAGAUCGUCGGUGUCGUCACCUUUGGCGACACCCAGUUCCGCGCCGACGGCGGCAAGAUCCCCAACUUCCCCGCCGACAAGGUCAAGAUCAUCUGCGCCGCGAACCCCGCGACACCGUCUGCGACGGCAACCUCUCGGCUGCCGUUCUCGCUCCCCAUCUCUCCUACGGCGCCAACGCCAACGAGGGUGCCGCUUUCCUCGCUGGAAAGAUCCGCGCUGCCCAGGCUUAAACGGAUCAGGAUGUUCACGUGCAGUUCGGGGCGUAGGGCAGGGCAAGCUACUACGGUGUGGGUGGUCGCUAUUUCUCGGAUCGACCCCCGCCGUCGGUUGACAUAA